UACAACAACACCAGUGUGAAAGCGGAAAAUGUACUCGCGAAUUUCGUUGAAUGUUCUGAAAUCUGUUCAACGAAGGAACACUUUCGUGUGUAUCAAUCAGUUUAGCACAAGUCUUUGUCAGUAUGGAAGGAAAUCUCGCGUUCCGUUUGACAAACGGUUUCCUGUGACUGGCCGUCAUUUGUCAGCUCGCGUGAAAGGAGGAUCGCAGGAGUUAGCCUUGCGUCUGUCAGUGCAUAAUGCUCAUAGGCCUGGGUAUACAGAUAAAAGAUCACUCCAGUUCAGGGUUGUACCAGAGAUGGUGCCAGAGUUUAUUGUUCCCGAUUUGACAGAUUUUGAGCUGAAGCCAUAUGUCUCCUACAGAGUGCCUGAAGUAACACAGUCCAAGUUAACAGCAAGAAACCUCUUUGAUGCUUGUUACGCAGAAAAGCUGGCAGAAAGUCAUAGAUCAGGAAAGCUGACUAAAGAAGAGGUAGAGCGAAUACUGCAACUGAAGCCUACAAAAUAAACAAGACUGAAUGUGAAAAAGUACAAUCAGAUUGAAUGUGUGAUCAGUGCUAUAUUGAAGUGGACAUGUCUGAAAUGCUGUGUUUAUUGCAGACGUUAUAAUAUUCAUGCAGCAUUAUACAUAUAACCAUCAUGAACAGUAACAUAUUGCCCUCGCACCGUCUGGUGGAUGACCACAGAGACAUUGUAACCAAUGCUGAAGUCAUAAACUGAUUCAUUUGAAAGUGUGUUAGUCGACCUGCUGACACUUAUUAUUCUAGGUGCUUAUACAACAUUCCGAUGUAUUUUCUGGUGUUGAUCUAUUGGUUUCCUCUAAAAUUAUGUAGAUUAUUGACAAAUACAAAUACUUCUUAUGUAAGCACUAGUGAUGUGAGAAAGAUAAGCUACAGCUUGGCUAAUUACGCCAGCUUGAUUUGUUCAAAAGGUUAAGUAAUACAUAUUGUUGUGUAGCAGAAUUUAGUGGCAACAUUUACAUUUUAAUACUGACAAGAAUUGAGCAGGAAUAACUAUCAUGCUUGUCUUGUAAAACUCAGGGGAGAUCAAAUUCUGAUGGUAGAUACUUGUACACACACUUCAUUUGUCAUACAUGUAGAUGGCAGGUCCCUUCAUGGCCCAGUGGUUAGCAUGCUAGCACAGCACAUUGACGCAGGAGCCUUUCAUCAAUGUGAUCGCCGUGAGGACAAGUCCAGCUCAUGCUGCCUUCUUUUCUGGUCAUACUUGUGAAGGUCUGCCAGCAACCUGCAAAAAAUUUUUGCCCACCGUAACUCUUGUCACCAUUGUAUAGGUGAAAUAUCCUUGACUACGGCGCAAAAGACCAAUUAAAUCAGUAAACAAACAUAGAUGGUAAGUUGUGUAAGGUACAUAAUAAAUGCCUGGUGCACCAUUACAGUUACACAGUAAUAUUAAUUUUAUUGAUGCUGUGUGAAAGACUUGCCUUCUUCACCUUGUACAUAAUUUAUUAAACUUCUUUUUUUUAAUAAAAAAAGAACUUCUGCCUAUGAAAUUAAA